CCCCCUGCUGACAUUAUGCCCUUGGAUUGGCCCGCUUGGGUGCUGGGAGUGUGGCUGUGGUUGAGAGUGAACCGAGACGCGGCAGUUGCCAUGGCCGGCUCUGAGGCCCUGGGGGCCCGAGGGUUGAGGCUGCAGUUACGCUUUCCUGUACUCGUUCUUUUGUUGCUCCUGCCGUUGUUGCUUGGAAGCCAGGCCAACAAACUUAACGUGCCACAGGUGUUGCUGCCCUUCAGCCGGGAGCCGGGGCGGGUGCCCUUCCUGCUGGAGGCCCAGCGGGGCUGCUACGUUUGGCAUUCCACCCAUGAUGAUGUCGUUACUGUUGAGCCUUUAUAUGAAAAUGACACCUUAUGUUCUCAAAGAGCUGUACUCAUUGCUGAAUCUACCCAGCCAAUACGCCUCAACAGUGUUAUUCUUGCUCGAGAAAUCGUGACUGACCAUGAACUACGCUGUGACGUUAAGGUUGAUGUGAUACACAGCAUUGAAAUUGUAUCUCGGACCAGGGAACUGUAUGUAGAUGAUUCACCUCUGGAACUGAUGGUGAGGGCAUUGGAUUCUGAAGGAAAUACUUUUAGCAGUUUGGCAGGGAUGGUGUUUGAGUGGAGCAUUGCUCAGGAUGACAAGUCAGCAAGAGAAGAACUGCGUAGCAAAAUUAGGAUUCUGAAAUACUCUGAAGAAGAAUAUUCUCCCCCAGGCUAUAUAGUUGAGAUGGAAAAAGAGGAGAAACGAGGAGAUAUGAUUUUGGUGUCUGGCAUUAGAACUGGUAUUGCUGCUGUAAAAGUUCGAAUUUAUGAACCAUUCUAUAAGAAAGUGGCAUCAGCACUGAUACGUCUCCUUAUUUUAGAGAAUAUCUUUCUCAUACCAUCCCAUGAUAUUUAUCUCUUAGUAGGAGCAUAUAUUAAGUACCAAGCUGCAAAAAUGGUUCAGGGAAGAGUAACAGAGGUGAAAUUUCCCCUGGAACAUUAUACACUGGAAUUGCAAGAUCACAGAGCUGCACCUAAUGGAUCUCUUUCUAGCAAAGUGGCUUUACUGGAUGAGAAAACGGCCACAGUGACUGCCUUCCAACUGGGCCAAGCUAAUCUUGUCUUUGUCCACAAAAACGUCCACAUGCGGUCUGUGUCUGUGCUCCCGAGUCUCACCGUACACGUUGUGGACCCUGGAUUUUUAGAUCUCAGAAUUACGUACAACUUUCCAGCGGAGUAUUUUGAAGAGCAGCUAACUACUGUGAAUGGAUCUUACCAUGUAGUAAAAGUGCUGAAAGCUGGUGUGGUGGUGAUCAGUGCAUCUCUGACUUCCAUUGUUCACCAGAAUAACAGCAUUCAGCCUAUCAAACUUCUGAUCCAGCACUGGCAAGAAGUGAUUGUUUAUUUUCCCAUCAAGCUCACACCUAACUUCCUGGCAUUUCCUCAUCAUCCUCUGGGAGUGCUACAUCGCUAUCAAGUACAGGUAGAGGGUGGUAGUGGCAACUUCACCUGGAGCUCUUCUAAUGAAACAGUGGCCAUGGUAACCACCAAAGGAAUAGUCACUGCAGGUCAAGUCUGGGGGAACAGCACAGUGCGGGCCCGAGAUGUACAGAAUCCCUGUCGAUACGGAGAAAUGAAGGUGUAUGUCCUGAAGCUGAACAAAAUGGAACUGUUACCCUUCCACGCUGAUGUGGAGAUUGGCCAGACGAUAGAAAUCCCCAUUGCAAUGUAUCACGUGAAUGCGACUAAACAGGCGGUGGCAUUCUCAGACUGCUCUCAUUUACCCGUGGAAGUCAGCAUGGAUAAGCAAGGAGUCUUCACUCUCCUCGAAGAAGGUAUUCAAAGACCUGGACCAAUGCACUGCUCCAGUAUACACAUCGCAGCCAGAUCUCAAGGCCACACGCUGGUGACAGUGAGCGUGAGUGGGCACAAGGAGCACCUGGGCAGCAGUGCCACAUUUGCUGCGUAUGAGCCCCUGAAGGCUCUAAAUCCCAUGGAAGUGGCGUUGGUGACAUGGCAUUCUGCGAAGGAAGUGGUGUUUGAAGGAGGCCCUCGUCCAUGGAUCUUGGAACCCUCCCGAUUUUUUCUGGAGCUGAGCACAGAGAAGACAGAGACGAUUGAAAUAACAGAAGUCCGGCUUCCAGUUAAGAGGAAACAGAACCAGUACAAAUACCGAGUCCUGUGCCUGGACUUAGGGGAACAAGUUCUCGCAUUCCGGAUUGGAAAUUACCCAGGGAUUCUGAACCCUAGUCCAGCUGUGGAGACUGUGCAGGUGCGUUUCGUGUGUGCCCACCCUGCCAGUGUGUCAGUAACACCAGUGUACACGGUGCCAGCUGGUGCGCAGCCGUGUCCUCUACCGCAGCACAGCACGCAAAUGAUCCCUGUAUCAAGACUGAGGGACACAAUCCUGGAACUUGCAGUGUUUGAUCAGCACAGAAGAAAGUUUGAUAAUUUCAGCUCACUAAUGCUAGAAUGGAAAUCUUCCAACGAAACACUAGCCCAUUUCAAAGAUUAUAAAUCAAUGGAGAUGGUAGCCAAAGAUGAUGGCAGUGGGCAGGCCCGGGCACAUGGUCAUCAAAUCCUUAAAGUACAUCAGAUAAAAGGGACUGUAUCCAUUAGAGUCAAUAUUGUGGGCUAUUCAGAGAAGAAAAGCCCAAAGAACAUUGCCAGCGCGCCCAGAUCUGCAGCUGUGGAGCUGCUCCUGGUGGAUGACGUGGCUGUGUUGCCGGAGAACGCUACCAUCUACAACCACCCUGACGUGCAGGAGACAUUCAGCCUGGUGGAAGGGUCUGGUUACUUUUCAGUCAGCAGCCGCGAGCAGGGCAUUGCCAGCAUCACUUACACAGAAGCAGAGAACUCUGUGCAGCUAGUUCCUGUACAGCCUGGAUCUCUCACCUUGGAAGUCUACGAUCUGUGCCUGGCUUUCUCUGGUCCAGCAAAAGCCCAUCUCAGGGUAUCAGACAUACAAGAGCUGGAGCUUGAUCUGAUCGAUAAGGUUGAGAUAGGCAAAACUGUUUCCGUGACAGUGAGGGUGCUCGACUCUUCUAAACACCCGUUCCAGAGUAAAUACUUCAGACACAUGGAGCUCAAGCUGCAGACUGCCUCGGCCAUCGUCACUCUGACACUAAUGGAGGAACAGGAUGAGUACUCUGAAAACUACGUUCUUCGGGCCAUCACCAUCGGGCAAACCACACUCGUGGCUACCGCCAGAGACAAGAUGGGGAGGAAAGUCACAUCAGCCCCUCGGCACAUUGAAGUGUUCCCUCCGUUCAGACUUGUUCCAGAGAAGAUGACACUGACUCCAGCUAACAUGAUGCAGGUGAUGUGUGAAGGCGGCCCCCAGCCCCAGUCUAUCAUUCUCUUCUCCAGCAGUAAUCAGACCGUGGCUGUCGUUAGUAGGAGGGGCCAAGUGACAGGGAGAGCGGUUGGCACGGCGGUGGUCCACGGCACCAUCCAGACCGUAAAUGAAGAUACUGGCAAGGUCAUCGUGUUUUCCCAGGAUGAAGUGCAGAUUGAAGUUGUUCGGCUAAGGUCUGUUCGGAUCGUUACAGCUACAACGCGACUCAUCACAGCCACUGAGAUGCCAGUGUAUGUCACCGGAGUGACCAGUACACAGAGCCCUUUCUCCUUCAGCAAUGCCAGCCCUGGGCUUACAUUCCACUGGUCCCUGAGCAAAAGGGAUGUGCUGGAUCUAGUGCCCAGGCAUGCGGAGGUGUUUGAAAAACUCCAACUUUUCAAUUCGGAGUAUCAGCCUGAGAAGAUUCUAAUGCCAAUGAAUUCUCAACUCAAACUCUACACUAACAGGUGGCCCCAGUGAAGUACCUGCGGGUGAGCAGCCAGCCCAGACUGUACACAGCCCCAGGAUGGACCCUGUCAGCCUUUCCCGUGGGCAUGGUUCUUACCUUCAUUAGUCACUUCUACAAUAGCAUCGGAGAGAAAUUCCAUACCCACAACACUCAACUUUCUCUGUCUCUGAACAGAGAUGACUUGCUGCUGAUUGGACCAGGGAGUAGGAACUACACUUACACGGCCCAGGCCGUGAGCAGAGGAGUGACACUUGUGGGGCUCUGGGACCAGCAGCACCCGGGCAUGGCAGAUUACGUCCCCGUUGCUGUGGAGUAUGCCAUCGAGCCAGACACCACGCUGACCUCUGUUGGGGACGUCGUCUGCUUUAGCACUCACCUCGUCAGCCAGCACGGUGAACCUGGGAUAUGGGUGGUUUCUGAUGACAGCAUUCUACAGACGGAUACUGUCACGGGAGUUGGAGUGGCCAGGAGUCCCGGAACCACAGUGAUUUUUCAUGACAUCCCCGGAGUAGUGAGAACAUAUCGAGAGGUGACAGUCAAGGCAUCCUCGAGAUUAACGUUCACAUAUGACCUCAAGACUUCUCUCACCAAUAGCCCCAAUUCAGCUGUAUUCAAACUCUUCAUCACUACUGGCAGAAAUGAUGUCAAUAUGAAAGGCUCUUGCACCCCAAAUCAGGCCUUAGCCAUUAUGGACGUCCUUUCUCCAGAGACCCUGGUGCUGUGUCAUGUACAGUUCAGUAAUACUAUGCUAAACAUUCCAGCAAGUAAAGUCUUCCAUGUCCGCUCAGAUUUCAGCGUGAACAAAGGGGCUUAUGUCUGCCUGAUCAAGGUGAGACCGCAGUCAAAGGCGUUGCUCCAAGCCCUCAGCAUGGCCGACACCUCGGUGUACAGCUGGGCCACGCUGAUCAGCAACAGCACCAAGUAUGGGUUGCAGAGAAUCCUCCUUCCUUUCACCCCCGCCUUCUACGUCAAACAGUCAGAACUGUUCCUCGGCCACCAGCUAGACCCUGGCGUGAUAAGAGUACACGGAGUGGACAGAGUUCUUGAGAACCUAGAGGUCUUCCCCAGCUCCCCGGUUCUGGUGCUCUCUGAUCACCGACACUCCCCUGGCCUGGCUACCUACACCGUCCGGGUAGCCAACUUCACUGCCUUCCAGCAGAUGGCCUCCCCUGUGUUCAUUAACAUCUCCUGCGCACUUACCAGUCAGAGUGAGGCUGUGGUGGUGAGAGCUACGAGAGGUGACUCUAAUGCAGAUAAAUACGAAGAUGCAGGUGUCUUCAAGCAACUGAUUGGUUCUCACCAGAUCUUCUUUACCUUCUUUGUGGUGCUGGCAUCCACAGCUUUCAUCUUCCUAGCGUACAAUGCUUUCAUAAACAAGAUACAGACCGUUCCAGUUGUUUAUGUACCAACUGUAAGGACACCACAGCCAGGUCUUUAUACCUCCACAAAUUCUCCCUCUCCCUUCACCAACCCACAAGCCCCAGUCCCCUGGAGCUCGCUUCCUCGUUGGGUAUGGAGUGCAAGGCACUAACCUGUGUGUGGAGUGAGUGCCCCGAACUGUCGGGGAAUGAAGAUUCCCAGCCUGACACACCAAGUCCAGCCACAUUCUCUACACUAAGCCUCUGAAACAAGGCUCCGGAAAAGUACAAUCAAAGGGUUUUAAGCUGUUUUAAUAAAAGUGGUGUUAGACUCUGUUGUAAAUAC